CGUGUCCUCUCUUUACUCUUAUUUCAUGCAAAACCCAAACCCUUCACUUACCAUUACAAUGUGAGAGGUGAGGGGACUUCAAAUCCCCCCCGCCUCUCUCUUCGUCUCUCUGUGUGCGUAAACUCAUCUUUUUUUCGGCCAGAAAAUCACCAUUUAAUCCCCAUUUUGAAAGAAGAAUUCCUAAAUUACCCCAUUUUCUUUUUUCACUGCCCAAAAAAAUUAAUCAGGAUAUACAAAACCAUAAGCGUAAAGAUUCCAUCUUGAAGAUUUUGUUGAAUUGCUUUUCUUGGUUUCUCUUUUGUCCGUAUGUGCUUCGGUUUUAAUGAGAAAAUGGUUUUCUCGCCCAUAAGUGAUAGAAUACAUAUAAGGGAGGUGUGGCAUGACAAUCUUGAAGCCGAGUUUGCUUUAAUUCGAGAUAUUGUAGAGGAUUACCCGUACAUUUCAAUGGAUACUGAGUUUCCUGGCAUUGUUAUUUGGCCCGUAGGUGAUUUUAAGACUAGAGCUGAGCAAAAUUUUAAGACCCUUAAGGCUAAUGUGGAUCUUCUGAAGGUAAUUCAAUUGGGCUUAACCUUCUCUGAUGAAAAUGGGAAUCUCCCCACCUGUGGAACUGAUAAAUACUGCAUUUGGCAGUUUAAUUUCCGUGAAUUUAACCUUGAAGAAGAUGUUUACAUGCAUGACUCCAUUGAACUACUAAUCAAUAGUGGCAUUGAUUUCAAGAAAAAUAAUGAGGACGGUAUCCAUGUUUAUAAAUUCAGCCAACUUCUAAUGUCGUCUGGGGUUGUGUUGAAUGAUGAGGUCCAUUGGGUGACUUUUCAUAGCGCGUAUGAUUUUGGGUACUUGUUGAAGCUGUUGACUUGGAAGAGUUUGCCUGAUACUCAAGUGGAGUUCUAUGAUUUGCUUAAGAUGUACUUCCCGAUUGUCUAUGAUAUCAAGUAUCUGAUCAUGUUCUGCAACAACCUUUAUGGCGGAUUAAACACUAUUGCAGAGCGCUUGGGCGUGAAGCGAGUUGGCACCUGUCAUCAAGCUGGUUCUGAUAGUUUGCUAACUUGUUCUACAUUCUUCAAGUUAAGAGAGACUUCCUUAGGAGGCUCAAUCGAGAUGUAUGUUGGCGUGUUGUAUGGUCUUGAUAUUGGAAAAUGAAUUGACAGAUUACUGCUGAAAGAAAAUGAAAAAAGUAUAAACCCUCAAAAUUUAAAUAAAAAUCUAUCUUGAGACUA